AUGGGUGGAAAGGAUUUUAGAAGGAAAAUGCAUCGCAGAAGGACAUCAACAACAAUCAGUCCAGAAAGUGAUGAACUAGGCAUGAGUUCUUCAACCAUAAUUAUUUCAUUUAUGGUGGUAGUUGUUGCGUUUUGUAAAAUGGUUAUUUUAGCUCUCUAUAUAAUGCGACUACUGAAAAAUAGGAGUCGGAAAAGACCAGUUAAUAAAAGAAAUAGCUGUAAGCCAGUACCAUGCAAUGGAACUGCUAAUGACCAAGGUAAUGAUAUAACUGGAUCUUCUACUUCACCGUGCCGUCUAGCAGUCAAUGUAAGUCCACAACGAACCCAAGAAAAUCUUAGACCCGUUACAACUAGAAUACGUGAUAAUAAUAUAGAUCUUUUCCUCAUUUUUACACCACGUAGUGAGAACAACCAACCAUUACUGACAUAUACCGUACCAAGCCAUACAGCCAAAACCAAAUGGAAUAUUGUUAGACGAUUGAGGCAUAAACUAUCAAAUCCUGAAAUGUCACAAACAGCAUUUACAGUUCAAGGCACAUCGUCUGUCAACAACGUUAGAGAAUACGACUACAUUAGUACCUUUACAAAUCAAGGGCUACCUUCUGUUGUAGGAUACGGUUGUAUUGGUCCGUACAAGCAAACUAUUGAAAAUGAAUAUGUCAACGUAAUGACGAAUCGAAUGAAUACUUCUCCUACUAAAGCUCAAUCAUUAGCUCCUCCAUCUUAUUCCAUGGAAGCCAAAUUUUAA